AUGUCAGAGUCCAAGCAGGAGGAGUAUGAAGAGCAGGAACGCAAAGUCUCCUUUCGCAGCAGCGAGUUGCGGCAUCGCAAGCCUCGAAAUGUCGCUACCAUGGUCAUGCAAAUGAACCGUGAAAGCAAACGGAAUUUGUUUGAUGAGGAUGACAAUCACAAUAAUAAUACUAAUCUCCUAGACUCGACGAGGAGAACCUCGGCUGCGCUGAUCCGUUCCCGGUCAAACGAGCAAGGACGACGACGACAGAAAGCUCAUCGGCGCUAUUACUCGGCCUUUAAUGUCCCGUACCAUGAAGAUGCUGCCGCCAACGAUACUCCUUCCGAACUGGCCGAUACAUCCAUUCCGCUCUUUGGGCCUUCUCAAGCUCCCACGUCCAGUCUGCUCAACCAUGCCCAACACUUGGAGAAUUUGUUUCAAACACCGGCUCGUGGUUUUAACGACCUAUUGGAGCCCUAUAGUUCGCCCUUUUAUGGAACGGAAAUCAGCUAUCACAGCCAGAGAAAUCGUCGCAGUAUCACCGAGGAGGAGACGGAAGGUGAUGACGACGACGACGACAGUGAGGAUGAUAUUUCAGAUGUCAGUUCUCAAGAUGAGGAGAAGCAGGAUGUCGAACAAGGAAAUCAAGUGCCGCAAGAAAAGACUCGAUUGAUUGAAACUACAACAACAUCCAAACGACGAAAAUCGUGCUGUUGUCGACUGACCCGCGUAUGUCGGGCAUUUGUGCAAGUGGUCAAACCGGAAGAAGUAUUGACCAACAUUCAUCACUUUCUGUCCACCACGUUCUUGCUAUUGAUUGUGCCCUGUCUCAUUGCCGCCAGCAUUUUAUAUUAUUCCCUCGACAAUCCCGAUUUGGAAUUCUUACCCACUCAAGCCAGGCUCAGUUGGUUCAUGUUGUUCAUUGUACGUCUCUCCGUCACAUUUACGUUGGCGCGAAUGACACAGUGGAUGUUUGAAGUCUUGACCAUGCGCACGACAAUCUUUGCCCGAGCUUGUGGCCCCUUGUUUGCAUUAGUCAUGAUGCAAUCCAUGGGAUGGCCAUUGCUGGCGUGUUCCUGGGGUUGUUGGAAUUUGAUAAUCUUGCAUGGAGAUUCCAAUUUUGUCAAGCAUUGGUUCUACUGGACGGGGAUCAAACUCUUCUCCAUUCAAUUCAACCGAGGCGAUGGCAUUUUGGCAUCCGAACUCUACGGACGAUUCCUGGCCGCCAUAAUUCUGCUGGGUGUCGCGGCGGCAAUCAAACGAACCUUUGUGGCGCUAUACCUUUCCAGGCGCAUGUUGCAGCAUUACAGAGGGCAGCUGGAAAAGGUCAUGAGUCAAGUCAAACUCGUUAUGGAAGUGACGGAACUUGCAGCACAAACGGAUGAACCGAGCUUUAAUGAGCGAUUGUCCAAAGUGAUCAAUGAAGGCGGUUCGGCAGCAGAGGUAGUAGAUCGAAGCAAACGGAACAAGUUGGUGGAGACGCAGACCGUGCUCGAUGCUCAGAAUUCAGGAAUGAACGCAAAAAUGAAGUGGAACAUGUUAAAGGAACGAGCAUUGAACGAUCGCUACACAAUGAACUUUAACGGAGAUGAGGUGUCGACAGCCGGCAGAACUUCUGCCGCCGGUAGCACAGGGGAACGAUCCACAGCCCGCAAGAAUACACUCAAAAUGAUCUUUGACGGUCUCGAGCGAUGGCCGGAACCAGAAGACAAAGGGCGCAAGAACACUGCCUCGUCCCUCCACGAUAUCUUGCAGUUCAGGAAGGCCAUGGCCUUUAUGGAAACCCAAUUUCCCUUCUCCGAAAAGUUUGGGCCCGUCGCCAAUCGUAAACAGUGCGUGAAGAAUGCAAUGAAGGUCUACAAGCGACUCUUACGCUUCACACCAGGCCAACAAACGCUUUCCUUUGAUGUCAUUGGUGCACUGGCGUUUCGAGACGACCAGACGUUGGAUGAAAACAGGGCGAUUGCCUUGCUGCGUGUCUUCCUCCCGGACAAAAAUGAAGCGUUGACGAUGUUGGCUUUUGUGAAUUCAACUGAUAAUGUGUACAAGCAGCUUCGGUACCUCCGAGCUGCUCUCAGCAAUUCCUCCAAGAUUGAUUCCGUGUUGGAAGACUCAUUCAAUGGAGUCUUCUAUGCCGUGCUGGCUGUGAUUCUAUUGUGUCUUUGUGGCUUCAACCCCUGGCCGUUGCUGGUGUCCUUCAGUACAUUGACAGUGUCCUUUGCCUUUGCUUUCGGGCCCUCCGUCGCCAAGAAUGUCGAGGGUGUCCUAAUGAUUGCGGUGAGGCGGCCGUAUGAUAUCGGAGAUCGCAUUACCAUUUCAGGUGCCGAAUCAUUGGUCAACCCUCCGUUGGCGAAUAGCUGGCUUGUGGAGGACAUUACCCUGACCACUACAACACUACGAUUUGCCUCCACAAACGAAGUGGCAUCACUCAAUAACUCCAGUCUUGCGAGCUCUCGAAUUGUCAAUUGCUCCAGGUCACCGAAAGCGCAGGUCACUAUCCGUAUUCAAUUGGACGUGGACACCAGUCAAAGAGACAUCGAUGAGUUCCGCAAGAGAAUCGAAACGUACCUGUCGGAUAACCCACGAAUUUGGGUUGGUUUGAUUCAAUCUCGUACGGACGACAUCAACAGCGAUGCGGGCUACGCGACAAUGAUGUACCGUGCGCAACACGUCAAGCCUUGGCAAGAUCUUGGACCAAUUAUGUCGGCUAGAGGUGAAUGGCAGCGCUUUGCCGAAAACACGGCAACUGAUAUGGGUAUCAUCUAUGACAGUCCACCGAGACAGAUGACCAUUGGAGUAGGACUUGCAGCGGAAUCAAAACAAAACAAGGCAACAGAAGGUCAAAACAAAACAGCCAGUUUCAUUCGCUCCCUCAGCAAAGAAAAAAGUGGAGGCCAGCAUGAAAGGAAGACAACCGACGAAAGAGUUUUCGGAAGCAUUUCCAAGUACAUGGAGGACUCCCAACCUGCUCCAACAACGCUUGCCAUGAGCGAACAGGCUGCGGCGGACUAG